UGCACCGUUGUGCCGAUUAACGACGUUGAAAAAGUGAUGGAGGCAGCGCUCGAAGCCGAGUUCGAUGCACUGGAUGCAGAAAUGCGAACGUAUGACUCAUGGCCUAGUGUGAAGACCAAGUCUCGAUGCCUCGUGGAAUACGCGAGCGGAAAGAGUGCUGGCACAAUCUGCGGUAGCAUUCACUGGACCAACCACAUGCCGAACCAUGUAAUGAACAAGCACAACGAGGUGUGGGCGAACACGGAAAACAAAGCCGAGUUGUACGAACGUCUCGCUCGUGAAGACGCUCUGCCAGUCCUCCGACAAGUUGCUCGAAAACGGGUUGGCAAAGCAUUCGCUGCCCGCCUCACAACAAAAUUGCCCCCCACCAAUGUCGUCAACAUCGACUACGACAAGAAUGAACAAUCCGCGUUGAUUCAAAGAUGUUUGGAGCAAGGGUGUUCGAUCAGCGCUGUGUUGGAGAUGCAGGCCGAAGUGUAUCGCCUCCUCGGCGGCAAUCCCAUUGCAUGCUUGAAGGCGACAUUACAACAGCAUCAACGAAAGCAUGUAGCCCAGUCGCCAGGCCUUGGCGAUGUCGGAUGCGACGAUGAUGGCACUGUCGGCAUCGAUGGCGAAGGUACAGUGCGUGCCAGCGGCGUGGUUGCCACUGAAAUUGCGACAGCAGAUCCAAUCUGUGAGCAUCAUGGUGAGCACAGCUCACAAGGACAGACCGCCGCCACAAGUUUGAAGCGAGUUCGCCAACCACCAUCACAGAAACCUAACAAGCGGUCCAAGUAGUUUAUGUCUUUGCUAACGUGCCAGUAUGUAUCUAU